AUGGCUAGAGACAGCGAGAGCUAUAAGAUCUACCCAAAGGUGACAGAGGAGGGUAAUCCGUAUCAGGACGGUGAUGAAGCCACUUGGAUCACAACCCACCCCAAUCAUAUUGUGAUCAAAAAGUCGAUCAGUGAUGAUUUACUAGAGAUGCUUUUUGCAGACACAAGGCGUAUCAAGGAGCACUAUGUGGUUGCGAGUGAUAGAGAGCAGUCCUCCCGGCAGGACGUGAAUCCCGACCGAAAUUUGAAUUAUCAGCCGCCUAAGUGCGCAUUGCUCGGGGCACCGCUGAGUUUUGAUAUCAGACUAAAACCUUCCACUGUCAAGCGAUCUAUAGAUGGUUUCAGAGCUGACCCAUCCCACCGGGGACAUUUCGGCCAAAGGCUUGACGUCGCUAGUUCGCGGAUGCCAGGAUAUGGAAAAGUAAUUCUUUAUCGAACAGAUGUCACAGCUAAUGAGGGGCAGGAUCCUCAGUUCUCAUGGACCCAUACGCAAACCGACACGAAGAGUUUCGAUGAUUUCUCGCGCUUUGCAUCAAAUGUGCCGAACCUAGCAGAUGAAGACAGGGCUCUCAUUAUGUCUCUCUUGAAGAGGGCGCAACAGGAUCCCCCCGGAUUGAACGAGCCACAGUACGUGAUACGCUGUGUUGACUCUAAUCCCACCCAGAGCCGCACCGAAAAGUCCGCCAUCUUCCUCCGUCUUCCUUACUAUUCAACCCAAAAAAUUGAUACAGCCCAAUCCUUUCGCAAGUCCGCCCAUUCCACACGCAGCCUCCUACAGUAUUUUUACAACCUAGAGUCUACCCGGCACCGUGACCUGCAGCAAGUAAUUCGAAAAUCUGGAGUCUUUCCAAAGGGCUAUAUUGUUCACGUCUCCGAAUUAUGGGCAGUGAUCGUCAAUUUUCAAUUCAUUAUAACCAGUGCACCCAUACCUCUGAUGGAUGGUGCGAGUCCCUCUUUGGAGGUCAUGAGCCCGCCGACGUCCCAGUCAUCGUCUCCUUCCAAUAUUUGUGUCAUCAAUGCCGACCAGCGUGUGUUCUUCUUUCCCAUGGAGCACUGCAAGACAUUCUUUGCAAUGAGAGAUAAGAUUUUCAGAUAUUGCCUACCGGAGGGUGAAGGCCGCAAUUAUGAUAAUCACGAGUAUGGAGACCGCAGGCAUCAAGUCUCCUGUGAUUUUACAAUGUUUACCCAAGACAGGGUUCCGAUCAAGGCAGAGGAUUGGACCAAACUGACAGCCUCGUGCGCAUUGACGCCUCUCCACAUUCGAAUCAAGACCUUUAUACCGGACACUGCAGAGGAGCGCCGAGGUAAAGAUAAAAAAUCAAAGAAGUACAUGUUCCAAGAUGACAAAGAAAAAGAGGAAAUGGAGACAAUGUCCCAUGAGGUAUUUCCUAAACCAGAGAGGGGUAGACAGAGCCUAUCAGAGAGACAGAGCCUAUCGGAGACAGAUAAACAGGAUCAAUCUAAGCAAAAGCAUGAUUUUCCCGAGACAGAGGAACCAUUUCAACCGGAGAUAGACGAAGAUGAUCGGAGUCAGCACGAGACAGAAGAAUACACCGAGGAUUACAAAUCGGACUGGAACCGCAGAGAUAGGGUGUUUGAUGAGGCUCGCUAUACUGGAGCAAGGCAUCGCUUGCGACGCCGUACCAGUGUGCAAUAUUUCUCCUCUUCCCCCGGCGUUGUGGUCAAUCAGAGACCCGAUGACAACAUAUCCGCUCCUCCGAACAUUUACUUCGAACCAACCAAGCCCAUCCCCUCCUGGGAUGAGGAGUCUGUUGACCAAGAUAUUCUUUCCAAUGCAACAGCUUCGGAAGAGCAGAUUGAUCAUGUCCAUCAUUCCACGACAUCCGAAUCCUUACCUGGAGGUUCACCUGCCUCCCAGACCUCUUCCCCAGCUCAUUCACCCACUAUCAAUUUGGAAUUCCCGCCAGUCUUUACCUGGCAGACAAAGAAAAAUCCGUCGAUAGAAGAGAGCGUGAUCUCAAACCCAAACCGCCCUCUUGAUAGCCCUAGGCCGGAUCAUCUAAAGUCGAAUGUUCAGUCUCCAAAUGAGCAAUCCGAGGUUUUGGGCGUGGACGAAGAAACAAUAAAGCUCAUCUCGGCAGAUAUCAAUAAUGGGCUGCUUGAGCCUACCGAUGGAGAUAGUUGGAUAAUAUAUAAGGAAGCGACAAAAAAGUCCUACUUUGAUGUGGACCAGGCUAUCACACAGAGAUAUGCCGUUUCUCUUGGCACAUUGAUCGCGGAAGCUGCUGGGAUUGUUCCCGACUCACUGUCGCCAGAAAUGGUGUCCUUGAAAUAUGUUGUCAGCAGGCUAUGUCGACUGUUCAACUUCUUUGCCCCGCUUUCAUAUCCGUGUGCUAUCAGCGACAAGUUCUGGGGGGCGGUUUAUGAUCUUCUCACCACCAUCCCCCAGUAUUGGGACACAUCCUACACGCAAGAACUAGCUAACCGAGCGGGCCGUCAACGGAUGUCGAAGACGUUCUUUAUAGCCAACCUCGGCCGUACUGAGUACUAUAACAUCCCCGAAGACGACGAGCUGGAUCAGCUAACAUUCAUCGUGGGGCAAUGCAAAAAAUGCACUGCAUUCUGUCAAUACUCUACUCGGUCGGAUGCCCUCGACCAUCUGCUUACGCAUGUUUCCGAGGUUUGCCCCGAACAACGCUCGGUGAGCAGCUCGCAAUCACAGUGGGUGGUGGAUUUUGAAGAGUAUCUGACACAUGUCGGCCGGAGGGAUGACCGGAGGAUAAUUGCCGAGUUAAAAGACUUUUUGACAAGCUUAGAAAUGAUGGCAGUUCAGAUUCAGCACGGGGUGUCAGCUAAUGGAGAGUUUGACCGGGACACAUAUUUCAUCCCACUGAGUUUGACUGGUGCCUUUCAGGAUCUCCUGAUGAUGGUCGUGACCAGCGCACAUCUCGUAAAGACCUGUCACAAGAGGCGAGAAACUUACACAGGUUCCGACCCGCUACGGACCUUCUUGAUGCUGUCAGAUUUAGAUCAAGUGACGGAUGCUGGGGUAGAGGCGGAGAUGUCUAUGGAAAGUGCCAUGAGAGACAUUGUCUUGAUGACCCAUACCGAUGAGAUAUCCGAUGUUGUCACCUACGAAGCCGUGGGUCCCGCAUUACUCCUCGCCCUUAUUAUGGGGGAUAUUCGCUGCAGAGACUCGCAAAGCAAUCCGGUCAACUUGGUCGAGAUCUAUCGUGAUUACGUCCGAAAUCUACAAUUCAAAGCAAGUCAAAAUCCCCAGCGACGCCUACUACAGGAAAUCUACCUCGUCCGCGAGGAGCUGGAAAUAAUCCAGAAGGCUUCCGAGAGGCAGCACCUCGUUCUUGUAGACUAUCUGAGCGUCAUAAACCCACGUUCUUUCCCCAUCACCACCAAGUCCCGGGUCUCCUCAUUCGAGUUGGAGAAAGCGCGGUUGCAAAAGCUCAUCCGCGAGCUUAAUGCCGAGCUUAGAGCAAUCUCACUCCUCAACGCAAAGCUUGACUCGUUGGCCAACCAGACGCGCAGCGGGGUAGACGUGCGACAAGAAGACCAAGGAAAAGCCGUCCUUGUCUUUACCAUCGUGACUGUGGUGUUUAUGCCGUUAUCAUUUGUGACCAGCUAUCUCGGCAUGAACACCACUGACAUCCGCAACACGAACAGCUCGCAGACGCUGUUUUGGGUCAUCUCCGCUCCGCUGACAGUGGGGAUUAUUACAAUUGUCCUGUUUGUUGCGUUUCAGGUGGAUCGGAUUCGAGACGCUUUUGACGCUUUUUGGGCGUAUCAUUUUACACCAGCGACAAAAUCUGGCUCAGCUGUUUUGCGUGGGAUGGGGUCGAAGGAUCACAUUGAAGGGCUCUCGGGGUUGUCAACACCGAAGAAUUGGAUUACACGUAGCUGGCCUGCGGGGAGGAAAACUGAGCUGGACGAUUCAAUGGGGGUUUAG